AUGGGUGCAACUAUUUCCACUUGUUGGGAAGUUCUACCCUCUACUGGGCAGCUCUUCCCUCCAACCCCGGCUGUCUAUACACCAAUUCUAUGCUGCUUCCAAUACUUCCCCCUGAUCACGAUAGUUCAAUGGAUUCUAUCCUGGCAUCCAGCAGGAAAAACCUCCUCGCAGUCCAUUUUCAACAUCCCAGGACGUAUCGCGUGGUCCGCCAUGGAAAUUGUCGGCCCUAUCAACUUGAUAUAUUGCAUGGUCACCCCAUCACCAUAUGCACCCUCACUCACUGAUCUCCCAAUGUCCAACAUCCUUAUUGUAACUCUGUACUGCACCCACUAUGUCAACCGCGCUAUCAUCUCCCCUUUCUUCUCCGCCCCCAGCAUGUCCCCAAUCCACGUCGCCAUCAUGUCCUCCGCCAUGCUCUUCAAUUGGUUCAACUCGGCUUGUCUGGCCGGCUGGUUGCGUGGAUAUACUGUGCCGACUAUCCCAAGUUUCCACACAGCCAGCAACGGAUUUAUAUCUUCCUGUUUUACGAUGCCAGAUCUCCUCCCCAUCGUGGGCGUAAUCUUAUUCGCCGUGGGAAUGGCCGGCAACAUCUACUCAGAGACAGCACUAUUCCGACUCCGGCGUGAAGAAGCCGAAAAGCGCGCUACUAAAAAGACAGACGACGAAACUCUAGCGGGACAAGGCAGCGGAAACAAGUUCCACAAAGUCUACGUCAUCCCACCUUCCCGUGGUGUCUUCGGAUACAUCUUGUAUCCGCAUUACGUCUUUGAAUGGCUCGAGUGGAUUGGUUUUGCUCUUGCUGGUACGGCAGUUGCCCCACUCUCCGCCCUACCUAUCUCCGUUUCAACAUCUUCGGCGGGGAUCGCUCCUCCGCUGCGUCUUGCGCCUUGGUUGGUGCCUGCGGCGUGGGCGGCUGGUAAGCUCGCUGUGCCGCUACCUUUGCCUGCUGUGGUCUUUGUUGUCAAUGCGGUCACGAAUAUGUUGCCCCAUGCGCGCUGGGGACGGAAGUGGUACGUUGAGAAGUUUGGGGAGAAGGCUGUUGCUGGGAGGGGCGCUGCUGUCCCUGGGUGUACGUGGAUGUGA